UAUUUAAUCCAAGCCAUCAUGAAAUCCACUUACAACAUCUCAAAACCAGAGUUGUAGAUAUUGGGUCUCCUCUGUUUCUUCAACUCCCAUUGUUUCAAUGUCAGCUAUCAUUCAAGUCUCCAUCAACUCAGCUUUCAGGUUGAGCGGUUUACAAAAUGACAAACCCAUCAAGUACUGCUAUCUCCCAAGAACAAAGACUGCUGCUUUGAAGCUCAACAGGUUCAAGUUGAGGGCUUUUAGGGGGAGUGGGUCUAUCAGUGGAGUUGGGUUCUUGGUGAAAGAUGAGGGGUGGAAUUGGAAGAAGAAAAGAGAGGUUGUUGUGAGGUUUAAUCAGGGGUUUGGGUUUAAUGGUGGAGGUGGUGGUGGUGGGAAGGAUGAUGGAACCACUGCUAGGGUGUUGGGUAAUAUAGCUGUGGCUGUUGGGUUGACUUAUCUUUCAUUUACUGGGCAGCUGGGUUGGCUUUUGGAUGCUAUUGUUUCCAUUUGGCUCUUAGCAUUUCUUGUGCCAAUUGUUGGUUUGGGUGCUUUUAUGUGGUGGGCAGGACGGGAUAUGGUUCAAGACAGUUGCCCGAACUGUGGAAAAGAUUUUCAGACUUUCAAAUCUCUUUUAAAUGAUGAUAUGCAUCAGUGCCCCUACUGUAGUCAGCCUUUCUCAGUGGUGGACAACAAGUUUGUAAAAGACCCAGCAAAUUUCUCUAAUCGAUCUACAACAUUUGGCCAGGCAUUUAAUGACUACACACGUUCAAAAACAGGGAAAAAGGAUUCUUCCACGGCAGUUGUUGAUAUUGAAGCAGAAGUAAUGGAUGCAGACUGAUUGACUGAGAUUGCCUGGAAUAAGAACUGUUGAUGAAAUUGGUGGAAAACUAGUGAUGCUUAAAAGAUAAUCAAGUAUUACCCGUAGUCGUAGAGAAUGAAAAUCAUCAUAUUGAAUGGAGAGAAUUACCUCUUUGGACAAUUGGGAGUUAGGAUUGUAAUCACAACUUGUCUACUAUGGUAAUUGUGAUCCUAAAUUGGGAUGCAAUAUGUCGAAGUAGAAUACUAAUCACACAGAACCUUUCGGUAGUGAACUGGCCAGAGGGAUAUUACAACCUAGCAAACUUGCAUCACAAGUGUACAUAAUAUUUCAAAAGUCGUAGCUUGUAUAUUCUUUCUUGAUUUAAAUAUU